GGCACGGUGCAAAUACGAGACCAGGAAAAAGAAAAGUAAAUGUCAAGCCAAUGGUAAAUGCGGAUGGUGGAGUAGUUGUUUCUGAUCCAUAUUCCGAGGAGGAACGCUUCUUGGGAUAACUUGGAAGAACGUCGAAGAUCCUUUAUAAGAUACCCGGUCAAAGAUGCCUAUAAUUGGAUGCACCAAGGAGAACAAUUGCAAGAAGCUUGCAUUCUUAAAAGCAAAGAUGCGCGAGCAAUAUCUAGCAGAGAAGAAUAAAGGCGGCGAGGAGGGGAGCGCGAAUCCGAAGAAGCCCAGCCAACUGUCCGCGAACGAGUCAGUGAGGGGAUCGAGGAUCGUCGAGCAGCCAGAAGUGGAGCAAGGGCCGAUCGAAGAGGCGGAGGUGCCGCUUCAACUGCGCGAAACAGCCCCAGAGAAGGAAGAGAUAGACACAGAGGAGGAAGUGGAUUAGAGGAGGUUUACGGGAAGAAAAUUGAAAAUUCAUCAACAACUAGAUACGAUAACCGUAUACAAAGGUUAAGGAAAGAUAUUCUUAUCCUCGACACUUUUCAACCUAACGUGUGGGUAAUCGUUUCUUUUUAUUUCAUUCCAUCCUUCUUUCUUGUUUCUUCUUCUAUAAAAACAGAAGAGUGUGUAAAGUGUUAAGAGAGAGGAUGUAACCAGAAGAUGAAAAUAUCUUCGUGCAUUUGGUUUCUGAUGAUUUUUUUUUAGUUUUAGAAACUUUUUUUUAUUCUUUUCUUUUUUCAGGUUAUUAUAUGUAAUAUUAUAUUAAAGAGAAAUUGAUUGAAGAUUAAAAUGGAAAUGAUUUAACGAGGAAUUGAUAGAUUAAUUUGUUUCUAUUCGAAAAAAUAUAAGAUAAUAAAAAGAAAGAAAAACAUUCUUCAGAGAGAAAGAGAGAGGAAGAGGAAGAGGACACUUUGCAAGCUUAAUCGAACUUCAAACGACAUCUUCGAAACUUCAAUCUGCAUUUAGAAAGAUCUAAGAGAGUUUCUUGCAAACUUGUCUCGUGUUUAAAAAAAACCAUGUUUCUGAAACUCUUGACUCUUUUUCCAAUUAUUUCCAUGGAACGUAAAUAUUCUCCACUUGCCACAAAAAUAUCGAAACAGAGAAAUAAAUUUUUCAAACAGAAAUAAUAAACAAAACAAAAAAAUAUUUAUACCCAAAAUAUUCAAUUAUCUGGAUAGAGAGUUGGAACGAGAAAAAUUUUCAUUCACUAAAAAAAAAAAAAAAAAUCACAACCCAUUGUUUUCAAAAUCACGCGUUAACAAAGAGUGAGUGAAUAACAUUUAUUCUUCAAAAACAUUUAUUUCUCAAAAUAUAUAUCAUUCAAGAGUUGACAAAUAAUUUUCUCUAAAUCGAUAAUAUACGAUAAUAAACAAAAAUAAUAUUAAAAAUACAUUGAAAAUACAUUUGAUUUCGAAUCAAGUUAUUUUAAGAAACCAAGAAUGCAUGAAGAUUUUUUCCAUCUCUCUCUUGACACUUGAACGAAAAGUUUUUCCCCGAUUUUACCGAUCAAAAUCCUCUAAAAUUAGCACUUAUCUGUUUUCUAUUCGAGCUUGCUUUGAUCGAUCACGGCGCUUAUCAUAAAUUUACAUGAUUCGAGCAGAAAAUCGAAAACGACGAGGGAGAGAGAAAGAGAGAGAGAGAAACAAAGAGGAGUCGUUUAGCCGCGUAAUCAACCGAAGUCGGAUUAAUUCGAGACGACUAUAAUCAAGAGGAGAAGAGCUCGAAAGCUCUGCGCGUCCGUUUUCGACGACGAAAAGCGGAGAACGAGAGGCGAGGCGAAAAGUUAAGGGAGAAAGGAGGAGGAGGUUUUUGCGUUUUAAAACGACAGCUUGGAUCAGAACCGUAGUCCCUGGGUAAAUUUACCGACCUCCGUGACUAACCUCACGUCCGCUCCCCCUUUCCGACUGGAACCGGUUCUCUGAAUCUUGUCUCUUGAAUCCCUUGUGCUUUUGCUGCUUGCCCCCACCUCCUCCCCCUCCAUCCUUCCUUUCGUCAUUGUUUCACGAUGACGGUGAUCGAGAGAUCGAGAGGCUGAAUUAAAGCCAAGCCAGCUUUUUAAGAAUUCGGUCAACUUUUGUUCGAGGAAGAUCGGUUUCCGAACAUGGAGAAUGAAAAAAACGAGGAGGAAGAGGAAGAGAAGGAAGAAACAACUGAAGAAACGACUGAAAAAACGACCGAAGAAACGACUAAUCCUGUAGAAGCGUCUAAUCCUGUAGAAGCGUCCAAUCCUGUAGAUGCGUCCAAUCCUGAAGAAGCGUCUAAUCCUGUAGAAGUGUCUAAUCAGACGGACGAAGCAACUAAUUUGACGGACAGUGGAACUAGUCCGACGGAGGAAACGUCUAGUCCGACGGAGGAAGCGUCUAGUCCGACGGAGGAAGCACCGUCGCAGGAGAACGAAACGGAGGAUCCGUGGGACGAGGAGGCGAAAGAAAGAUUCGAAACAGCCGUGUUCACUUUGGCCACAUUCGCUGCGGUUUUCGCUGUCUACAUGUACAUCGUAUACAGUUUGAGUAGCCCGCCUACCGUGUUGGAUCAAGUCUAACACUCCCUCCCGUUCCCCUGAUCAAACGAGCGAAAGACCCUAGAAUUCCGACCGGCAAAGUCAACUGUUUGCGACAGUCACGCCGCCCAACAAUCAUGUAAUUCGACCAUAGUAACGAAAUAAACUUGCGGAGGAGAAAAAUGAA